CCCACCAGUGGGUCACCACACCCUGGUAGGGCCUCGCAGCUCAUUUGGUGCGGCUGCUCUGCUCCCAUGAUGACGAAACACUAGGGGUGCUGACAAUAUCCUCAACCGGACUCAGAUCGAUUACCUGUCCAAUCUGGGUUCCCUGUAACGACACGCACGCGGGCUUGUUGGGAAGAUGAGGUGCAAGUUUUACAGAACCAUCGAGUGUUAAUUUUCGGAAAGCGUUCUGAAAUGAGGUGAGGUCGAGGGGUGCAGAAAGAAGCACUUGAUAAGGGGAAGAUGUGGUGUGCUUGGAGAUUGUUCAAGAAAAUCGAGUGUUUUGUGACAGAGGGGGUUGUGUAGCCGUUGGGUUCUAUCUACAUGCAGCCGCCAUACGAAGAAGGGUGUUCUACUGAGGUCGAUGGCGUUUAUAGCUGCUGUGGGACACAAACAGCUGGGGCCUGAUUGGGCCAUAGGAUCGCCUUCAUCUUUGGGGCACAACAGAUACGGCGAGGUGGUGCCGGAAGAAUCCGCCGCUCAGCAGCAACGAGAGUUUUACGUUGUGCAGAAAAGACAUGCUAUGACGCAGCAACAGGCUGAGAGGUCUCAACCUCACCAUUUCGCUCGCAGGGAAGAUACUAAACCUUCCACCCACGACUUUCUUUCUCUCUACGACAAAGGUGCACAUCAACUUGAAAUCGGUUCAAGUUCCGGAUUGCCUUCGUCACUUACCACUCAUGAUUUUCUGCAACCACUCGAGAGGAGUGGAACUCGAUCAACAUACAGAGAUGCUCCUGCAUCACGUGAGAAGCAGGCAAGGGUAGAUACUGUACAAUCUCGGAAUUCUACUCCCGCCUCCGCUGAACGGAACCUUCCUACUGUCGCGCCUACUUACUCGAAUAAUCAGGUCCCUUACGCGGUGAAUCCAAAUUCUAUGAAUCGCAUGGUGAAUGAGGCCGAUGCCUUGCGUCAAGGUAGAGGAUACUCAAUGGUGACUCUCUCCUCUCCUGAUGAUCACAAUGGUGGUCCGGAGUCCUCGAGAGGCGUCGAAGUGGCCAUGGACCCGGAAGUUGCCAAUGCACGAGGUCAGCACAACCUCGCACACUGGCCAGGGGUCAGUUUCAAAUUCGAUAUGCCGGCAGAUUUAACAUUUCCCACAGGCAGCCAAGCCGUAAAAGGUGCAGUUGAUAACGGUCAUCAGUCGAUACCUGCUAUUGCUAAGCAGUGGACGUAUGGUAUUGUUGAUGUACCAAAACGGUCAAUCCGACCUCCGUCUGAGGAUUAUGAAGAUGAGGAUGAAGAUUCAUCCGAGCGGCCUAAAGGAAAUCGGAAAGAGUCAAUCUCAUGUAAAGGAGACACAGCACAGAGAAUGGAUGUGAAGAAUGGAGAUAUGAGGGGUAGUACACCAAGGUCGAAGCAUUCAGCUACUGAACAGCGGAGGCGUAGUAAGAUUAAUGACAGGUUUCAAAUGCUGAGGGACCUGGUUCCACAUAGUGAUCAAAAGCGAGAUAAAGCAUCCUUUUUGCUUGAGGUUAUUGAGUAUAUCCAAGUCCUUCAAGAAAAGGUGCGAAAAUACGAAACUACAGAGCAAGGAAGGCAUCAGGAAAGGCUCAAAUCUAUGGUUUGGGAUAUCUGCAAGGUAAAGAAGCAGCGAGGGGCGGCAGGAUCAGCAGACGAAGCAUCACAAUUAAAUGCACUUAUCUUCGCUAAGGACUUUAACUCUGGAGUUGGUCCUGUGGAUGUUAAACCGGUGACAGAGGCCAAUGGUGAUGUUCGUGCUCUACGUGCGUCUGAGCAAGCUGCGCUCACAUCUGAAGUUCAUUCGACUGCUGGCAUUAAUGGUCAACAGCGUUCCAGUCGACCAGCUUGCAGUAUUCAUAGCUGUGUGUCAUCGUUAGACGGUGAGAAAGAGCAUGCUACUGCACCUACUGCACAGCCGUUGGCAGUGGGUGUGCCUCUUCAGCAGGCCAUUCCUUUACCAUAUGCCUUAUCCAUUGUCCCCUCAAGACUGCAGAGUGACCAGGAUGGUGGUCGUGGCACGCCUGGCUCAAAUUCGCCUGCAAAGGAGAAAUUGUGUGACCCAGACCCGGUUAGUUCGCGUGAGAAUGGGUCUGCCCGAGCAAACUCUCCAGAUCAGCUGUUUGAAUUGAGGCCUCGCAUUUCUCCCGCUCGCCAAGCUGAGCAAAUCUCUGGCCAGCAAUCAAAGGCAGAACUUCAGACACCAGCUGCGACAGCUGUAGAUAGAAUUGAUGGAGCCCAAACAGGACAACCAUCUAAUGGUAGUGCUUCCAGACAAUCUUAUGGGGCAACUUAUUAUCAAGAAAAUGUGAGCAAACCUUCAAGGCACUCACCGGCGCGUCAAAAUGGUCAGAUCGCACCUGGAGAUGGCUCUGCUGCCUCUCCUUGUCCCACUCAGCCUCCUCCGCGCAUUCAAGGAGGUGUUAUCAACGUGUCUUCUGUUUAUUCACAAAGUUUGUUGGACACCUUGACGCGAGCAUUGCAGAGCUCAGGAGUUGAUCUAAGUCGAGCUAACAUAUCGGUUCAAAUUGAUUUGGGGACGAAUGUCGCAACAGCGGCUGCUGAUACUUCAGCCAAGGUUGCUACAACACCUGAGUCUUCUGCUCAGAGCCAUCAAUCUCAAGGAAGGACACGACCGGCACCAGUAGCCGCAGAGCCUGCACCUGCUCUAAAAAGGCCAAAGCUGGAGAACCACGAGUAGAUAGAUGUCUCUGGUUUGAGGUUGAUUUGUUUUUGAAUUCUAGAAAAUUGUAAAAUACCAGGUCGUGAUUCAAGUCUUUGGGUAGUGGUCUCAAGAUCACAUAGCAUCUUGGAGCAGCUUGGGGAUUUAAAUGUGCCAGUGAGGAGUACGCCAGGGAAGCGUAGUCAAGGUUUUGAUGCAACUGGUACUAACCUCCCAUGGUUCUCUUCCACGACAGAAGAUGCAUAAUCCAGCUACUAUAGCGAAUGAGUUAAUUCGGAAAAGAGAGUCACUCAUGGGAGUUAAAGUUUUGAAAGAUAUUUCUCUGCCAAUCUGUAAUAUAGUAGGCGUAGUCCCCUGAAACUAAAAAAUGCAAAGGUCCUCAGUUUUGCAAAUCACAAUGGCAAGUCCUGAAUGGUUUUAGUUAACACAAGGGGUGAGUAAGAAUGCCACCAAAACACUUCUGCAUGUCAACUUAUUCCAAGAAAUAAUCAUUUUUCAAACAAA